AUACUUCUGAUUCUGGGGCCAUCAGUGCUUUUUUGCAUAUAUAUUGCCCUGGCACCAAAACCGAAGCUUCUACCAGCACAUAGAAUGAACUUGUGGACUUCGACAUAGAAACGAGAGACUUUUGGAAUAUCCCUAUUGCGAUCCAGCAUUCGUCUGCUGACUCCAGUCAUAAUGGUCUUGAUAAAACUCUCAUUGCUUGCCAAAUUUCUUGUUUUCGCGAACGGUAGGCUCAUCGUCGAUACUGGAUACGCAAAGUACCGUGGCAACCUUUCGUACCUCGACACUGUCGCAUAUCUUGGUAUCCCCUAUGCAGAACCUCCUCUCGGUGACCGUCGGUUUCGUGCACCCAUCCCUUUGAACACUGCGCGAAUCGCACUAGAAGCGAAUGGUGCUAUCUUCGAUGCGACAUUCUACCCCGACUUUUGUGUCCAGGGGUCUACUCUGGUCGGUGACGCAGGAGGCGCAGGUAGUGAAGACUGUUUGAAUGUUAACAUUUAUUCACCCGUCAAUGGAAGCAAUUGUAGGCAUCUCGACAGCAUGCGAAACAUUGCUAACGAUGCCCUUCUAGUACCCGUACUUGUUUAUAUCCAUGGAGGAUCCUACGUUUACGGCAACCCGGCCACCUUUCCAUUCGACCAUUGGGUCCAUCAAAGCCUUAACGUCGUCAUCGUCAUCAUCUAUUACCGUCUUUCGUCCUUUGGGUUCCUCGCUAUC